AUGAGCAAAUUGUUAGCUGUGGUUAUUGGUGCUGCUGUUCUUGUUUCUGCAACAGGAGGUUGGAAGAAGCUUUUCAGCCCAAGAAACGUACAAAGUGCCGCAAGACACAUCAGAGAAACAAAAGAAGUGUUCAUGAAUGAAUUGAAAGCUCCUACGCAAGGAGAAAUUCCUACAGAGAAGCCACCUUCUUCAUACAACUUUACCAAUCCAUCGGAACCGCUUGCUACCCACUAUGAAUCAACAGCAAGUAACACACAACAACAAACAUCAUCACCAAAUAAUACAUCACCACCAACAAGCAAUACCACGGAAAAGAAGGAUUAA